AAAUAUUUUCCAUAUUUUAACGGAGGGAUUACAAGUUAACUCGCCCUUAAAGCCAUCACAAUUCACAAACCUAAAGUAACCUCUUCACCAUAUUUGUCCUUUUUUCUUAAUCAAUUCCACACUAUACGAGGAGAUGGUUGUAAAAUCUUCCACGAGUUGCACGAAGAUACAUUAAAAUUCCAAAAAUUCAAAUAAAUAAAUUCCAGUGGGACCAAGUUGAGUAGUUUAUCUCUUUCUCCUUCUAAUUUCAGAACAACACAAACAUAACUCACGAGAUGAAUUUCAAUCAGAACGAGACAAUUAUGAGGGUAAUAGAGCAGAGUGAAAUUGCACCACCACCAGGUUCAGUUCCAUCACCAACAACUCUCCCCCUCACUUUCUUCGACAUUCCAUGGUUUUAUUGCCACCCUAUUCAACGUAUCUUCUUCUACCACUUUCCACACCCAACUCACCACUUCCUCCAAACAACACUUCCUAUUCUCAAACACUCUCUUUCCAUCACCCUCCAACACUUCUUUCCCUUUUCCUCCAACCUCAUCGUUCCCCCAAAUUCCCAAAAUACCCCUUACAUACGUUACCUUCAUGGUGACUCUCUCUCCCUCACCGUCGCUGAAUCCUCAGCAAACUUCAACAUCUUAACAUCCGAUUCACAAGACAUUCAAAAUUGGCACCCUCUUGUUCCAAAUUUACCCUCACCUCGUACCGAACAAAACGGUACACGUGUCAUCCCUCUCAUGGCUAUUCAAAUCACCGUUCUAUCAAACUCUGGAUUUAGUAUAUGCCUCACUUUUAACCAUCUUGCUGGUGAUGGAAAAUCACUUCAUCAUUUCAUGAAAUUUUGGGCUUUUAUUUCCAAAGCAAGAGCAAACAAUUUUGAAAUUGAACACUCUUUAUUGCUUGAUCUUCCUUCUCAUGAAAGAGAUAGAGUUAAAGAUCCAAAGGGUCUUAAACUCACUUACUUAAAACAACUACAAGACAUUGAAUCAGAAAAAAUGGAAUUCGCAGGUCUUGUUCAAGAUCCUAAUGAUGCUAAUAAGGUACGAACUACUUUAGUAUUAAACAAUGAACAAAUUCAGAAAUUGAAGAAAUGGGUUAGUGUUAAAUGUAAUGAAACAAUACAACACGUGUCAACUUUUGUUGUUACGUGUUCUUUGAUUUGGUUUUGUAUGAUAAAAUCAGAACAAAGCAACAACGAAGGUGAUUGUGUUGUUGAUGAUGAUAUCUGCUACUUUGUGUUUCUUGCGGAUUGUCGCGAUUGUCCUGAAUUUUCAAUACCAAAAAAUUAUUUUGGAAAUUGUCUUGCUUCUUAUAUUGUGGUCGUAAAAAGGGAUGAGUUAAUUGGAAAAAAUGGAAUUGUUGUGGCUGCAAAUGGUAUUGAAAGGAAGAUAAGAGAUUUUAAGAGUGAUCCUUUGUUAGGAGCUGAAUCAUUGAUGUCUGAUUAUAGGGAGUUAUCGAAAUCUAAUAAAUCAAUUUUAGUAGUUGCUGGGUCGCCGAAAUUAGGUGUUUAUGAGACUGAUUUUGGGUGGGGGAAGCCUAAUAAAUCUGAUCUAGUCCAUCUUAGUUCAUCGGGUUCGAUUUCUCUAUCUGAUUGUAGAGAUGGUGGUAGUGGAAUUGAGGUUGGUUUGGCUCUUCAGAAAAUUCGAAUGACUAAUUUCAUCAACAUCUUUGAAGAACAAGUUCAUAAUAUUUGUAGCAUGUGAAUGAAAGAAACUUCGAUGGUCCUUUAUUGUCUUUCACUCCCAUAUAUUUUCUAAUAAACAUUGUAUGCAUCUUCAAAAAAUUAGUACUUAUAUUUUACAAAUUGAUAGAUACAUGAUGUGACACGUUGAUUGAAUGUGUAAUCUAUAUGCAUUUAUCUUGUAUAAAUGUUUUACGUCAUCACAACAUCAACUAGUUUUUCUAUGAAAUUUCAAUAUUUUAUGAACUAAUUUGUCAAUAAUUAGUCUAUACAUAAUUACAAUCACUCACAAAUUUGUCUUUGAGAUGAUAAAAUGUUAUUGGCAAA